AUGAUUUCUGCGUGGUUCCUCAAAUUGCUGGAUGUGGUAGCAGCGGUUGUCACCGUGCUAUUUGUUUUUGGCUCUUUUCUCAUCAAUUAUAAGCGGGAAACACCCAGGAAGACUUCGGUGCUACGAAAGACGACUCUUCGAGUUGUUCCUGUGCUGCUCGCCUCGGUGUCUUACGUCGCCGAGGUGACCAUCGUCUCGCGACAGGGCCAUAAACCUAGCCAGAUCCAAGAUCAUCUACUCGCGACACUCAUUUUCGCCUUGGCAUGGGCUUCAACCUGCAUCCGCAGAGAGCUCCUCAUUCCUGAAAUUUUUGGUCUUUCCUCGAUUUCGCUGCUAUUCGGCAUCCCGGUCCUGAUACUACAUGCAACGUAUCCAGCAGGGUCCUCUAUGCACGAAGCAUUGUUGGCCAUCGAGUUUGUCCGACAGUUUAUUGUUGUCGGUUUGCUGAUUGACUGCCUUGUUCGCUCCCUUUCAUACAGAAAGAAGACGAAGCAGGAAGAAGAAGAGGAGGAGGAGGAGGAGGAGGAGGAGGAGGAAGCGAGACCUCUUUUCAACAGCUCGAAUAGUCAAACCAAUCAAGUCUCGUACGGCACCAAGCCCCAAACAUCUCGACCCGCUAGUACUAGCGAUUUCUCUAGUGACGAUUGGGAUUCCGACGGUGAAGAGAAUGAACCCGAGAACUCUCAGACUGGCCAGCUUCGUAAGAGCGGCAGCUGGAUGGUCUAUAUCCACAACUUCAAAGUCUUCCUGCCGUUUUUGAUCCCCCGGAGGAACCUCGAAGUGCAAGCCUGUCUCCUAGGGUGCGUCUUAUGCCUUGUUGCAGACCGCUUUCUCAACAUCCUGGUUCCUCGUCAGCUGGGUAUCAUCGCCGACAAGCUUUUCGCAAGACAGCAACCAUUCUCUGACCUGGGGAUUUACUUCGCCCUCGCUCUGUUGCACGGCGAUUCGGGCUUGCAGAUGAUCAAGUCGCUAGCCAAGAUCCCCAUCGAGCAAUUCUCGUACCGCCAACUCACAAACGCGGCCUUUAACCAUGUCAUGGGCCUAGAAAUGGAGUUCCACUCUGACAGAGAUUCCGCUGAGGUGAUGAAGGCCAUCGAGCAGGGCGAAGCACUAACAAAUCUCCUGGAGACCGCUGUGUUAGAAAUUGUCCCCACGGUCAUCGACAUGGUCGUUGCAAUCGUCUUCCUCUAUAUCAAGUUCAAUUCGUCCGCUGCGCUUUGCAUGCUCCUUGCAUCGCUGGCAUUCAUGGUUCUCGAAGUCGUCACCUCCAGCUGGAACGUGGAAAACCGCCGGCGACUCACCAAGGCCGAACGAGCCGAGGCGCGGGUGAUGCACCAGGCCAUCCAGGGCUGGCAGACAGUUUCUGCUUUCAACAUGUUCUUGUAUGAAAAAUUUCGUUUUCGGGGCGCUGUAGACAAGCAUCUUCUGGCAAAGAAGGAUUGGUCGCAGAGGGAUGCGUAUACGACUGGCUUGACAGAGACACUCGUUCCGAUGACAUUUUUUGCCCUAGCGUGCCUCGUCGCUCGCGAGGUCUGUGAGGGCCGUGCUUCUCCGGGAGAUUUUGUCUUUCUGACCCAGUAUUGGGAGUAUCUUGUCUGGCCGAUCAAGUAUCUGUCGCACGAAUACCGCUACCUCAUGGCUCACCUCAUCGAUGCGGAACGGCUUCUCGACUUACUUACGACGCAGCCUACCGUCAAGGAUAAGGAGGGCGCCCUGGAACUGGGUCUCAUCAAAGGGCAGGUAGAGUUUGAGCACGUCGGCUUCUCGUAUUUUGCUCGGAAAAGCGUUAUCAGAGACGUUAAUAUUUCUGUAUUACCCGGCGACACUAUUGCACUAGUUGGUCCCACUGGGGCGGGGAAGACGUCGCUUAUGAAGCUUCUGCUCCGAAAUUAUGAUGUAACCUCCGGGAGCAUUAAGAUUGACGGCUAUGAUGUUCGCGACGUCACCCAGGGCUCGCUGCGAAACGUCCUCGGCGUGGUUACGCAGGAUCCUGUACUGUUCAAUACAUCGAUAAUAGAGAACCUGCGCUAUGCAAAGCUCUCUGCUUCCGAUGAAGAGAUCUAUGAUGCGUGCCGGGCUGCCGCCAUCCACGACAAAAUUAUGUCUUUCCCCAAGAGCUACCACACCAAGGUCGGAGAACAAGGCGUCAAACUGUCUGGCGGGGAGGUCCAGCGAUUGGCGAUUGCAAGAGUUUUUCUAAAAGAUCCACCCAUCCUCGUUCUGGACGAGGCAACCAGUUCCAUCGAUACGGAGACCGAGUCGGAGAUUCAAGGUGCGCUGAAGCGGCUGAGCAGAAAGAGGACUACUUUUGUCAUUGCCCACCGGCUAUCAACUGUUGUGCAUGCGGACCAGAUUCUCGUCUUGAGCGAUGGCAUGAUUGUCGAGAGAGGCACACAUGCGGAGUUGUUAGAGAAACGGGAUCGGUACUAUGGUCUCUGGCAGAAGCAGUUUCUGGGGUCAGGGGAAGCGCAGUUGGUAGAGACGUAA